CAGGAUGGCUCUGUGCAAUCAAGAAUUUUCGCUGAGGAACACUUGGAUGGUCAGUCCAUCCUACUUUAUGAUAGUGAGAAGGGUGUGGCAGAGCCCAGGCGUCAGUGGGCAACCCUGUUUGGAGAUACAUUGAAUACAGAGAUCGCAGGCUUAACUGACAUCUGGGAGGACCUCGGAAUGGCUCUGGCAGCUUUCAUGACCUUUCAGGACCAGAAAAAAGCCUCCUUAGCAUCAACACAUGGAUCCAUGAGUGUGAAUCCAAGUUCUGGAUCCCUUCCUGAGGGGCUGGAGGAAUUGGGCUGCAUGAUGCCGAACAGACUUGGAGAAGGACUCUGGGGUGAAUGAGAGCUUCUCCCACGUUUGGUUGGUGAUGGAGAAGCAGCCUUGGCCUCUCUCUCCACCUUAGUGGGAACAGAACUUAGACACAUGCUUCACUGACUUUCAAUUUCUUUCCAAUUCCCCCAGUGAUGAACAUGCCCCCAACAGUGAACGUGACCCACAGCCAGACCUUAGAGGGCAAUGUCACUCUGACUUGCUGGGCAUUUGGCUUCUCUCCCCAAAACAUCUCUCCGACCUGGCUUCAGGAUGACAACCCCCAGCACACCUGGCAGUCUGGGGAUG